CUCGGUCUCUGACAGUUAAUCUGGUUCAGUCUAAACUGAAAGUCUGUUCUCCCGUGCUGUGUCUGCGUUACGCAGCCUGAGCUGAAGAAGGCACCGUCCCAUUCGCCUGAGCUGUGUCGAUUCAGACUGCACGUGCAACACUCAUCGUGUGCUCGGCCAGCCGCUCAGUGCCAGCCGUCUCACAGUCCUCCGCUCACGGCUGCCGUUCGCGUCGCGUCCAUGGCGACGAGAGUGUCGCUCCUGCCCGUCACCUCCCGCGCCCUGUCCCUCGACCCUCCCACUUCGUCCAAGCGCAAGGUGAACUUCGGGGGCGGCGGCGGCGGAGGCGGCAUGACCCUGGAUAACGAGACCAGAAGCGCGAAUAACGAGACCGGGAAAGGAGAUACGGGGGGAACCGGCGCUAUCGGCAGCGAAUCGUUCGGCGGAUCAUUCGGGGGCAGUGUCGGCGGUGUUAGCGGAGGACUCCUUAGCGGGGUCGGAAUCGGUGCGGGAAGCGCUCCAGUCGACGGGUGCCGGUCGGACGCGUGGUCGACACUCCUCAGCCUGCCACGUCAGCCUCACCAGAGCAAUCUCGGCCUUAAUUUCACCCAUGGCCUCUCCUUCUCCCCCGCUCCCUCACCCGCGCCCAUGGGCCUCACUCCCGCGCCCAUGGGUCUCACUCACGGGCUCUCUUUCUCCCCCGCUCCCGCACCCGCACCCACGCCCGUACCGCGAUCGUCGUCGCUCCACCAGAUCCACUCCCACUACCAAUCUCACCACAGCCACAGUCACACAAUCACAGUCACAGUUACAGUCACAGUCACAGUUUUAGUCACGUUCAAAGCCCGAUCGACAGUCUCAGCACUGGCAGCACCCCGCCCGCUGGCGGCGGCGCCGGCUGCGGCGGCGGCAGCGGCAAUUGGCCGAUGUUCCGCGGGUUGGCGGCAAGGCAUGCGUCAGCCGACUCACUCUUAUCGCUCGCGUCUUCCGAGACGAGCAGCCUCGCGUCAUUCGCUACCGCGUCGGAUCGCCUCGUAGAGCAGGAGAUUAAUCGCCGCGCCGCGUUAGACUUCGUGACGGAGUUAGCCGGUCCGCCGCAGGCCUCUAGCUCCCCCGCGCAUCCCCUCUCGGGGGAGCGGACUCCGACUGCUGGCGCGGCGCUUGGCGCAACCCUCGGCGCAAACCCCGGCGCAACGAUUGGCGCAGCGUUGGGCGCAAGCCUCAGCGGAGACUCGCCGAUUUCCGCCAACGAGCUCCCCGUGGCGCUGUUUGCGGUGGACCGCGACCUGCUGUGCGCGCUUUGGAACAGGCGCAUGGCGGAGCUGACCGGAUGGGCGGAAGCGGAAAUCAUGCGCCUGGGUCGGUUCGCGGAAGGGCGGUUUGCGGAGCGGCUUUUCCGCCCCGCCAGCGCCGGCGCGCCGUUCCGCCGAUGCGAGGACGUCCUCCGCGCCGCGCUCUUCGGCCGCGAUACAGUCACGGCGGACCUGCUUCUCCUGAAGCGGGGGGGCAGCUGCGCGCGAGUGCGGCUGUUCGCGGGGGCGCGCAUCGACGCGCUCGGCGCAGUUUGCGGCGUGAUUUGCGCCGUCAUCCCCACGGCCUCGGGGAUGGGCGCGGGCGCCGGAAGCGGAGCGGCCGCCCUGAGUGUAGCGUCCGUGCAUGGGGGGUUCGACGGGGACGGCGGUGGAGGCGGCUUGCCGCCAUUUGCGCCGGCAUUUGCUGCAGGCGAAACGGAGGAAUGGCUCCAGCGAAACGCAUCGGCGGGGAGCCUGUACGGCAUGCACUCCGUGGACGAGGAAUCCGUGGGCGACGACAGCGAUGCCGCGAGCAGCUGCAGCGACCUCUACCAGCUCGGCGCGCAACCCUUCGGCAGCAGCAGCGCCAGUUGCGGCGGGAAUUCCGGCGGUACCAGGCGCCACGUCAUGGAGCCCGUCUCCGCCAGCAGGCGCGCCGGCGGGGGGGGGCUGCGCGCAGCCCUCGCAGGCGGGGGGAAUACGGGCGCGGGUCUAGACUCCAGCGCGGGGGGAGGAGUCGGGGGAACCGAGCGGCAUUCGACGUCGUCUUCUGAGCGACAGCUGUCGGGGAGGCUAUCACUGGAAGGGAGCGAGGCGGCGAUCGAAUCAGGGGCGGCAGCAGCAGCGGCAGGUGCGCCAGUGUCGGCCGUAGCAGCAGCAGCAGCAGGAGCGGCAGGAGCGGCAGGAGCGGCAGGAGCGGCAGAAGCGGCAGGAGCGGCAGGAGCGGCAGGAGCGGGAGGAGCGGCAGGGGCAGCGGUGUUGUCGCUGACUCCGCCAGUUUCGCCAUCCGUCGCGGCGGCGCUGUCGUCGCCCCGGUCGUCGUCUGUCAGCUCGCCCGCGCUCGGGGGUUUGGGGGUGGAAGGCGCGGGGGAAGGCGCGGGGGGAGGCGCGGGGCCGUACUUAAAGCCAGUGCGGACAAGAUCCGCUACCCGGCGUUCCUCGUGCGAGUUGCCGAAUUAUGCUUACUCCUCACUCACGGGAAUGCGUCGCAAUAUCAGCAGUGAUGCUCUCAAUAACGCGGACACAUCCCCUUCCCACCACACCUCCCACCACUCCGCAUUCUCCUUCCAUACUACCACCACCACCAACACCAACACUACCAACCCUACCAACACUGCUUCCACACUCCUCUUCUCCCCCUCUCUCCCCCGACCCUACCAUGCCCGCCCUUUCCCCUCCUCUUCCCACUCCUCGCACUCGGCGAACCCCUUAAGGCACUCCUCGCCGACCUCCUCCUCCUCAUCCUCGCUAGUGCGCGCUCUGAUAGCGGAUGGAGUGGCCACGGGGCGCAACGACCUGGCGCACCAGCUUGAGCGGUGCGGGUUCGACGUGGUCAGCGCCACGUCAGUGCAGGAAGCUGCGUGGAAAUACGAGCAGACGGCUCUGAAUGGCACACUCCCCCCCUGCACUGCUGCUGCUGCUGCUGCUGCUGCUGCUGGUACUGCUCUCAGUGCUGGUGCGAGCACUACUACAGCCACCAGCGCCAUUUUAACUUCUCCUGGUCCUGCUGCUGCUGCCGGUGCUUCAGCCGGUGCUGCUGCUCUUGCUCCUGCCGGUGCUGGUGUGGCUGGCGGUGUGCUCUUCUCCCUGGUGGUUCUGGACCUAGAGCAGGCCACCAGCCGAGCGGGGCAGGCUGCCAUCCGAGACAUCAGGCGAGCCGAGCGAGGGCUGCUGUCGAGAAGACUCACUCUCACCCUCGGCAGCAGCAAGACUGGCUCUGCUUCUGGCUAUGGUUCUGGCGCUGCUGGUGGGUUUGGUAGCAGGAGCGGCAGGAGCGAGAGCGGCAAUUGCAGCGAUGGGGAUGUGAGGUCCCUGGGGGGCCUGAAGGUGUUGAGUGAGGAGGGGGAGGAGGGGGAGGGGGAGGAAACCCGGAGUGAGGACAACAAGAGUGAGAAGCAGGAGGAGGGGACGGAGGCUCAGGCUGAAGCUCAAAACCAGCAGCAGCAGGAGAAGCAGCAGCCGAAGCAGCAGGAGGAGGGGAAGCAUCAGCCGUCACAGACGCAAGCGCCUGCUCGCUCUGCUGCGGCCCCCGACCGGACACUGAUAGUGGUGGUGGCUGAUUUGAGCCGGUACGACCAGGCGAGUCUAGACGCGGCCAUGGAGCAGUGCAUGCUGGCGGGGGUCGAUGCGUUUAUUCCGCGCUCCAUGCACCUGCAGCAGCUCAGGACGGCGCUUAGGAAGUUGGGGCUCCAGAGCAAGUACCUCGUGCUGCCGGCGUCGCUGCCCCGUGCACAUUCAUCUUCUUCUGUUGCCGCUGCCGGUGUUGCUGGUGUUGCUGGUGCCAGUGGUGGUAUAGGUGCAAGUGGGAGUGGUGGUGGUGCUGUUGGGAUGCCUGAAUUGCAUCAUGCUGGUGCAUUGUCUCACCAUGUGUAUGGCCAUACGGCUGCACAUCUGUCCAGGUAAUUUGGGCAUUAAAAUCUGCCGUUGGGGGGUGUGGUUGCUUUUGGGAUGGCUGCAAUGCAACAUUGUGCUACGUUGGUUCACCAUGCGUUUGGAUAUAGAGGAUCACUUCUAUUUAGGUGAUUUGGGCGUGUAACUUCUAACCACGUUUACUUGCAUGAGGCCUUAGGAAUAUAUAUCAUUUAACAUU